AUGACUAUCUCAAAGUCACAACAUGGAGCGACCAUCAGACGUAUCCUCACAUAUGGACUCUUAUUAAUGUACAUACCGGCGAUGCCCUUAUGUUUUAGAAAUGUUCAUUUUUUUCUCCAUCUUUCUUCUUUCUUCUUUUCACUUGGUCUUUGUCUUUCCCUCCUUAACUACAUUUCUUCUGAUUUUUCUUUUUUUUCUUUCUUACCCGUUUCAACAAUCUUUCUUUCUUUCUUUCUUUCUUUCUUUCUUUCUUUCUUUCUUUCUUUCUUUCUUUCUUCUCUAUAUCCUAUAUUAUUUUGCUUUCUAUUUUGUUCGUUCGUUUAUUCCUUCCUUUCUUCCUUCCUUUCUUCCUUCCUUCCUUCCUAUCCUACCCGUUCUUUCUUUUUCUUAUACGCUCUUUCUUCUUUUUCUUUUUCUUUUCACUUGACAUUCGUCUUUCUGUCAUUACCUACAUUUCAUCAGAUUUUUCUUUUUUCUUUAUUUUCCCUUUUCCAAUCUCCAUCUCUCCUUCCUUCCUUAUUUUUUUCUUUUUUUUCUUUUUUUUUUUUCUUUCUUUCAUAUAUUCUUUUUCCUCUUUCUGUUUUUUUUUGUCUCCUUUCUUCCUUCUUCCUUCUUCCUUCCUUUCUUUUUCUUUCUUUUCUUCUUUUCUUCAUUCCUUCCUUCAUCCUCCCUUCCUUCCUUUUUUUUCAUUCCUUUUUCAUUCAUUCAUUUCAUGUCUUCCUUCAUUUCCUUCCUUCAUUUCUUCAUUCCUUCCUUCAUCUCUUCCUUCCUUCCUUCCUUCCUUUUUUCCUUCAUUCCUUCCUUCCUUCCUUCCUUCAUUCCUUUCAUCCUUCCUUCCUUCCUUUCUUCUUCCUUCCUUCUUUCCUUCCUUCAUUCCUUCCUUUCCUUCAUUCAUUCAUUCCUUCAUUCCUUCCUUCCAUUCCUUCGUUUCAUUUCCUUCAUUCCUUCCUUCUUUCUUCCUUCCUUCCCCCUUCCUUCCUUCCUUCCUUCAUUCUUUCAUUCCUUCCUACUUUCCUUAAUUCCUUCCUUCCUUCGUUCCUACCUUCCUUCAUUCCUUCAUUCAUUCAUUUCUUUCUUAAUAUCAUUUUGUUGUUUUUUUUGUGUUUUUUAUAUUUUUUUCUUUUUGCUUCUCUUUUUUCCUUUUCUCUUUUCUGUUCCCACUCAGUAUUCUCUUUUUCUUUUUUUUUCUUACUUUUCCUUUUUCAUUCCUUACUUUUUUGUUUGAUUCUUUCUUUUUAUUCAUCUUCUUUGCCGCUCACUUUUUGUCUCUUCAAUUCUUUCUUUCUUUCUUUCUUUCUUUCUUUCUUUCUUUCUUUCUCAUCUUUUCCCCUUCUUCCUUCCUUCAUUAAUAUUGCUGUCUUUCUUUCUUUCUUUCUUUCUUUCUUUCUUUCUUUUUCUUUUCCCCUUCUUCCUUCCUUCAUUAAUAUUGCUUUCUUUCUUUCUUUUCUUUCUUUUUUCUUCUUUUCAUCUUUUCUUCCUUCCUUCAUUAUUGCUUUUUCUUUUUUUCUUUCUUUCUUUCUUUUUUAUUCAUCUUUUCCCUUUUUCCUUCCUUCAUUAAUUUCUGUUUUCUUUCUUUCUUUCUUUUUUUCUUUCUCAUCUUUUUCCCUUCUUCCUUCCUUCAUUUAUUGCUGUCUUUUUUUCUUUUUUCUUUCUUUCUUUCUUUCUUUCUUUUCUUCUUUUCCUUCUUCUUCCUUCCUUAAUAUUUCUGUCUUUCUUUCUUUCUUUCUUUCUUUCUUUCUUUCUUUCUCAUCUUUCCCCUUCUUCCUUCCUUCAUUAUUGCUGUCUUUCUUUCUUUCUUUCUUUCUUUCUUUCUUUCUUUCUUUCUUUCUCAUCUUUUCCCUUCUUCCUUCCUUCAUUAAUAUUGCUGUCUUUCUUUCUUUUCUUUCUUUCUUUCUUUCUUUCUUUCUUUCUCAUCUUUCCCCUUCUUCCUUCCUUCAUUAA